AUGGUGCCCCGAGCCACCUCCGUUGAUCGCGCCAUGAGGCUUUGCCUGAGCCACACCCCUCCCAUUCGCAAGCUGCUGGAUUCCUAUGAGGAGCUGCGGGAGGGUCUUGGGCACCAGCCUUUGCGCCCUUGCCUGAACAUCUGCCUGGAAGGGGAGAGGCAAGACACCGUCCAUGGCAAGAAAAAGAAGAAGGUGGUCUUUGCCGACAUGAAGGGCUUUUCACUCACGGCUGUCCACAUCAUCUCCAAGAUUGAGGAGGACCUGUGUGAUUUGCACCAAGCUCUGUCUCACCUGACCAACUUCCGGAACAAGCUACGUGGCUCCCGUCCUGAGACAAAAAAAUACAUGCUGGAUUUUCCCCAACCUUCUGCUGAUUAUUUAGCCUUUCGCAACCACUUGCAAAGCAGCUGUGUGUCUCUGGAGAACUGUGUGAUCCAGGAGAAGUCCCUUUCAGGGACCAUCAAAGUCAGAAACAUCAGCUUUGAGAAGAAAGUGUACAUCCGCAUCACCUUUGAUUCAUGGAGGAGCUUCCGUGACAUCUGUUGCCAGUACAUGCCCAACACAUACGGCCUCACCGACACGGAUGUCUUCUCCUUUGAGGUGACCCUACCAAAGUCAACAGCUCCUUGUGGGAAUAUUGAGUUCUGUGUUUCCUUCCACUGUGGCCAGAAAGUCUAUUGGGACAACAACCACAGGAAGAAUUACAGAAUCCGGCCCAUAAUGGGUCCUUCCCCUCCCAGUGCACACUCCCGUCUGGCAAAGGGCACCUUCAUGGCUGGCGAGCCCCUGGGCACCUCUCGCGCUGCCGCUCUGGUCCUCUCUCGCUUGCACACCUGGAGGCGCUCCAAUGACCAUGCCUACUGGUAGGGAUGCUUUGGACUGAGCUCUUUCGGCUGAGCUCCAGAUCAUCACUCUGACCUAUUGCUCUCCUGGUGGCUCUUGCAAAGACCACCUGUGGCCAAUGCCACGUGCCGGGUCUAUACUUUGGCAGUGUGCAAUUUGAUCUUCAUUUGCAACCAAGCUAUAAGCUCUUGAGGUUCAUGGAAGAAUUGGGGAUGGCUGCACCAGAGAGACUUUGACGGCCAGAAGCUGUCCAAAUUGGAGGUGCAGGACAAGGAGAAAGCAGGCUCUCCCAAUUAUUCCACUGCAGAUCGGAACUGGACGGAACUCCCAGAUCUGGGAGGAAGCUUGCCUGGUUUCAUCAGCAUGGAUUAGAAAAACUGUCUAGAACUCCUCAUAGCACCAUAUUGGUUCUUAGCCCUGCAGGCCAUUCUUAGAUCAGGAGUGGGGGAGCUUUUUCCUGCAUGAGGGCCUAGUUCCCUUCCAGGGAACUUUCCAGGGGAUACAUGCCAUUGGUGGCUGGGGCCAGAAGUGCAAUUUCUACAUGCCCUCAUACAACCCCUUCUGUUGUCCAUCCAUUGUCAUUGCUGCCCUGGGCUCCUUUGGGAGCAAUUAUUAAUAAUGUCAAGCAAGUUCAAGGACACAUUCCAGCCAGGCAACAACCCUCAAAGAGGGCCAAUAGUGGGUGGGGAGAGGGGUUCUGAUCUGCAGAGAAUCCUGAAGGUCAGAAUGAGAGGCUGGGAAGGCCAUAUUCUGGCCCCGGUCCAAGGAUUCUUUGCCCCUGACUUCUGUCUGCCUGUCUCUCUCUCUGACUCCCCAUAUUGCAAUAAAGGUACUGACCUACCUUACAGGGUGGUUAUAAGGAUUAUGCACGUGAAGAGUUUUGCACAUCUAAUAUCUCCAACCCUACAUGCACCUACCGGAGAGCAAGUCCCUUUGGCAGGACUGACAUCAGGAGUAAGUGUGCAUAGGAUCUUGUGCUGCAUAAUGCUAAUGUAAAUGUCAAAUUGUUAUUAAAUAUUG